AUGUGGACCUCACAGCACGAUGAUUUCGACGCGUUUUACCGGUCCCUUUCGCCUGCUUCGGAGAUCCAUAUCGAGAAUAUUGAUAUCAAUAUUCGCGAAAUGAGGUUUUCCAUCAAAUCAAGUCGAGUUGAAAGGUUUCUAACCACUGUUGAACGACUCAAGGCUUCUUACAAACAUCUGGGCUACUCGGUGGUCCUCCCUCCUAUUGUUUCUCUAGACCAAUUACGGAUUGUUAGGCAGAUCAAUGACACAGUGAGCCUUGUCGAGCUUCCUGUGGGCUAUGAGCCUCGGCUAGUGAUUAUGAAAUCCGCGACGGGCACGGCUGAUUCACUAUACCACGAGCUCCAGAUAUUACUUUCGCUCGAUAAGCACCCGAAUUUGUGCGGUCGCCCCAUGGGCCUCAUAGUGUAUCAGUCCUGCCCGACCAUGGAGCCCCUUGUGUUUGGUUUCAUUCUUCAGUUCUACUCUGGUGGGUCCUUAGCCAGAGCGCUAUGUCCUCAUAGCCAUUUCAAGCCUAUCGGAUGGCAGGAAAAGGUCAAAUGGGCCAAACAGUUAGCCAAAACAUUAUGUGAUCUCAGAUUGAAACAAGGAAUUAUCUACGGAGAUCUCAAAGCCGAGAAUGUCGUGCUGUCCUCCUCCAUCCCAAACAGUCGUGAUUUGGUCUUGAUCGACUUUGAGCAGCGAGGGACUGCAGAUGCCUGGACACCCCCUGAGAUUAUUAUGAUGCAGAGACUUUACUCCGUGAUUAUGACUUGCGAAGACCCUGUGGUGCAAGCCAAGUCUGCGCAGUUACUUUCACUUGCACUGGAGGAGCCCAUCCCUAACCCCGUGCAGCAUUAUCAGCGAAUGAAGGGUCGCUCGCGGAACUUUUGGUAUCGUCUUCGCUCCUUAGAGCAAGACGCUGCCAUGGUUUUUAUGUUGGGCAAAUUACUCUACUGCAUCUUUGAGAAUGUUGGGACUGUCACACACUUGAUUGUCCCAUCUCAUCCAGGGGAGUCUAAUCCUCAAUUUCCGCGAUUCGUUAUCUCACCCCCAAAAAUACAGCAGCUUGUUACGAAGUGUACAAGGGGGGCGCGUGAGUAUGAAACUUCCUCUCCAUUCAUUCUUCGUGUGGGCAAUAAGCUGGUCAGCCGUGGUAUGUCGGGGGUUGAAGGAGAGCCCAUGGGAACCCCCGCAGAUACAAUCAGGGCAGCCAGACAUUAUUGGAUCAACAGCCUUGAUAGCUCAGAGCAAUUUGUGAUGGCCCGCGAAAGAUAUCGCCAAGGCAAAGCAACUCCCAAUGACUUGGACCUUCUAGCUUAUCUUCAAAGACCCUGCUUGAAAGAACUCCUGCGAGCACUGGAUGGAAUAAAAUGA